GAUAGCAUGCUGCGUGAGCGACGCUCCUCGCCGGAGCAUUCGGACGACAGCGCGUCGGUGAGCAGCGCGUGCCCGGAGUGCGCCAGUGUGGACUCUGCCCGUGCUGUCGCCUUCCACGACCUCAGCGUCGUGCCUGAGGAGGCAGAGGAGGGGAACAAGAGCGGCGUUGAAUCUCCAUGCACCUGUGAGGAGUGUCGGAACGAUGCGACAACAGAGGCCGCCCCCCGCCAGGACAGCGAGGACGUGACCUCGCAAAACAUGGAGCGGCUAAACAAUGUCGACUCGCGACCCAAACUCGAAGACAAUGGACACGAGCGGACAGUUGACGUAAUUAUUCACGAUGCGCCCGAUAUGCCUAGAUACUUCCAGUCGGUGACGUCAUCGCCGUGUCAUGUGCUCGCGCCCCCGCCGCCCGGCUUCGUGCUGGCGCCCGCCCCGCUCCCGCCCGCCGCCGCCGCCACCGCCACCGCCCUGCACACCACCUACAUCCAGCAGAACUCCGUCAUCAUGUGCAACACGCGCCACGUGCUGCAGCGUCAGUGCUGCUGCCAGACGCCCCACACGCUCGCCCCGCUCGCCCCACACGCCCCGACCGACCAGCCCCCAGUCGAUACACAGCCGCCUAAGUCCUAUGUCACUGAAAAAAAUAUAGAACUGACGUACGAUUACCCGCGUUCGACGCCCGUCCCGAGCAACUCCA